AUGCCAACGCUGACCAAUCUUACAAUUGAAUGGAGUGGGACUGUCACGUCCCACAGCCAGUCCGAAACUGGGGCAGGCCGGGAGCACUCAUUUCAAGCCUUGUCCAGAAGCCCAUUCGACGCUACGGACCGGUCCGCAUUUCACAUCAAGCUGAGGCCAGGCGAAGUAGUUCCAAGUGGAGCAGUUGUGGUUUUUGUUGGCCCAGCCUUAUGCCCGGCUAGAGAUGGGUCGACAGUCGUCACCGCUGAGCAGGCCUACCACCUGCCUGCGAGCCUCGCACCUCUGGCGCACGAAACCCUCAAUGUGAUUACCGUAAUAGGUACAGGCGAAGUUAUUAGGCGACAACCGAACCGGCCAGGAACUGGUACAGCAGGGUGGUGGUGCUUGUGGGUGUACCACAAUAUCUACUCCAGCGAGUCUGGUGAAGUACUAAAAUUUGGAGUCAUUUACGCCGAUGGCGAGGGGAUCAUUUCAGGACUUGCUCCAGAAAUAAUGCGCGAAGGAACAAUUGUCGCAUUGCGUGGAACUCUAGUGAAAUACGCCGAACAGGACAGGGUAUGGAUCGUCAGAAGAGCGUCCAGGUCGCGGCAAGGCAGUAGUUCAGUAGUCGUUGUCCUCCGUGAGGUGCUAUCAGCGUCAUACACUGUGGUGUCCGGUGUAGAUCUGCUGCUGAUGACGGUCAACGCUCAGGCUAAGGAUUGUAUUGCAAUACAGUGCAUGUUUAACGAAGGCAUUGGGAGUCACAAGGAGAUGAAUUGCAGGCACACGCGUGCACAACACGGACAAAAGGCUCAAGGGAGCUCGCGUUAUAUUGUAACUGGAAUAGAUACCAGGACUGUUUAA